CUCUCUCUCUCUCUCUUCUCUUCUGUUCUUGAGAGAUUGCAUCAAGUUUAAUUUGCCUUUUUGUUUUAUUGGAAAUUUAUGAGCUUCUUGAUCCAUAAAAAUUAGAGAGAGAAAGCUUCAGUUUAGAGAGAGAUCAGAGAGAAUCCUCCUAAUCAGUGAAAUUAGGCAAAUAAAGCCCACUUUCUGCUUUUGUAUAAUUAGGUCAAUCUCAUCCACCACCAUACCCUUCUCUCCAAUUCUCAUCCUUCUUUAGUUAGGGUUUCAUUUCUCUAAAUAUUCACCUCUUUCAUUGAAUCUUUAACUCCAAACUCUGAUUUGAAUUCCUCUCAAACUAAAUGGAGAGGAAGUCCAAUGAUCUUGAGAGAUCUGAGAAUAUUGAAUCUCAAAACAAGAAGAUGAAUAUAGAAGAAGAGAGUCCUGUACAAGAAACUUCUUCGAUGGAGAGAGAGCACAUGUUUGACAAAGUAGUAACACCAAGCGACGUUGGGAAACUAAACCGGCUCGUGAUCCCAAAGCAACACGCAGAGAGAUACUUCCCUUUAGACAAUAAUUCCUCAGACAACAACAAAGGUUUGCUUCUAAACUUCGAAGAUCGUAUAGGAAUCUUAUGGAGUUUCCGUUACUCCUACUGGAACAGUAGCCAAAGUUAUGUAAUUACCAAAGGCUGGAGCCGUUUCGUCAAAGACAAGAAGCUUGAUGCUGGCGACAUAGUUUCUUUUCAUAGAGGUUCUUGUAAUAAAGACAAGCUAUUCAUUGAUUGGAAGAGACGACCAAAGAUUCCUGAUCAUCAAGUCGUCGGAGCUAUGUUCCCUAGGUUUUACUCUUACCCUUAUCCUCAGAUGCAGGCUAGUUAUGAACGUCACAACCUUUAUCAUCGAUAUCAACGAGAUAUAGGAAUUGGGUAUUAUGUGAGGUCAAUGGAUAGAUAUGAUCCAACGGCUGUAAUUGAAUCUGUGCCGGUGAUAAUGCAAAGGAGAGCACAUAUGGCUACUAUGGCUUCAUCAAGAAGAGAGAAGAGGUUAAGGCUUUUUGGAGUGGAUAUGGAGUGCGGCAGAGGCGGCCGAGGAGGAGGAGCAAGUGUGAAUAGCACGGAGGAAGAGUCUUCGACUUCCGGUGGUAGUAUCUCACGUGGCGGCGUUUCUAUGGCUGGUGUUGGCUCUCUACUCCAGUUGAGGUUAGUGAGCAGUGACGGCGAUGAUCAGUCUCUAGUUGCUAUGGGAGCUGCUAAUGAGGAUCAUCACUUGUUUACAAAGAAAGGAAAGUCUUCUUUGUCUUUCGAUUUGGAUAAAUGAUGAUUGAUUAAAUAUGAGAUUAAUCAAAACUUUAAUACACAUUAUAUAUGAUAAUUAUACAUAUUAUAUAUAUUUAUGUGACACAAGGAUGUCGCGCGUUCAAGAUACUUAAUGGAUAUCAUGUUCUAUAAAGAUUUGAAUUUGGUUUUA